AAUGUAACAGUAAGCUUGCUUGGGUGUGGUAUGACACAUUAUUGUUGAGCGGACAACUGAAAUUAUAUCAUUAAAGCUUAUAAUAAAUAUUAUAUUAUUAUCCUGUGCGACGCGAUAAAUAAAAGGUUUAUUUGGACGAACCGCGAACGGAAAUGAUCGAACUAAACGUUUAUUGUGUGGUUUUGAUGCCUUUGGUCGGUUUGAUAUCGUACGUGGUAUGGUCGCGGCUCCGUAUGCCAUUGGAAUACCGACAGAUCUCGUCUCACGUACCUUCACUUACGAAAAACUUUUGGAGUGAGAUACUGUUUUCGUGGAAGAUGGCGAUGAUGCAACCCAAAGAUAUAUUGCCAUUUUUAACGGAUGUAAUAAAAAAAAAUGGACCAGUAGUUCAUCUUAACCUUUCAGGCCGAUCAUAUGUUUUACUAAACGAUCCAGAUGAUUUAAAAGUUUUACUGUCCAGUACCCAAAAUAUCAAAAAAGGUCUGGAGUAUGACAUGUUGAAACCUUGGUUGAACGAAGGUCUUUUAUUGAGCUCAGGUCAAAAAUGGCAUAAUCGGCGGAAACUCCUUACUAAUACAUUUCACUUUAAAACAUUACACAUGUACAAUCCUUCCUUAAACAAAAAUUCACGUAUAUUGGUUGAUAAGUUAUUAAGUGCGUCUGCGAAUGGCAAUAAAGAAAUCUCCAUCUUUGAAUACGUCACUUUGUGUUCUCUGGACAUGAUAUGUGAAACGAUAAUGGGAAUUAAGAUGAAUGCCCAAGAAGGUAAAUCAAUUCAAUAUGUUCAUUCGAUUAAGAGUGCUUGUAAGUCAGUGAUUGAACGUAUUUUCAAAUUCUGGCUGUGGAAUGAUCUGGUUUAUAAAAUGAGCAAAAGUGGUCAAAGUUUUUUUAAAUCAAUCAAAGUGCUACAUGAAUUUACUGAUAACGUAAUUAAAAGUAAACGAGCAUCUUUGAAUAACUUAAAAACUCAAAAAGUGCAGUCAGACAGUAAAUUUGAAAAAACACAAAAGAAAUCAUUCUUAGACUUACUUCUUAACCUUUUAAACGACAUUCCGGAUCAUAUGACCGAUACAGACAUUCGUGAAGAAGUAGACACAUUUCUUUUUGAAGGUCAUGACACAACUUCCGCUGCAAUGACAAUUACUUUGGUUUUAAUGGGCAUGCAUUCAGAUAUACAAGAUCAAGCUCGGGACGAAGUACUUGGCAUUUUUAAAGACUCCGACAGAGAUGCUACGAUGGAAGAUUUAAAUGCCAUGAAAUAUUUAGAAGCCGUAAUCAAAGAAUCACUUAGAAUGUAUCCAAGUGUGCCAGCUUUUACGAGAAACCUAGAAAAGCCAUUGCAACUCAAAAACUACACUAUUCCUCCAAUGACUACAAUAACAGUAUAUCCUAGUAUUUUACAUCGCAAUGAAGACAUAUAUCCAAAUCCUGAAGAAUUUAUUCCUGAAAGGUUUUUAGAAAAAGAAAAUAAAGCGAAGUUUCUAUUUGGGUAUUUACCGUUCAGUGCCGGCGCUAGAAACUGUAUUGGACAAAAGUAUGCAAUGAAUCAAAUGAAAAUAGUUAUAUCGACUAUUUUACGUAAUGCGAAGUUUGAAUCCUUAGGACGCAUAGAAGACAUUCAGAUUAGUACUCAAUUAAUCAUGAGAAUAGAGUCAAUUCCAAAUAUGAAAUUUUAUAAACUUUAAAAUAUUAACAAUAUAGUGAAUAAUAAUUAGAUUAAAA